AUGAAGGGCUUCGUCGGUGGAAUUCCCUUGGCCCUCCUGGCCGCUGCUGCUCAGGCGCAGGCCAUGGAGCGCACUAUGAAUGUCGGCAGCGUCCAGCCUCGCAACCACGAUGGCUUCGGACACCCCGAGGUCGGAGGCACUGCUCUCGGUGGACCCUCAGGAAAUGACGAGGAUGGCACCUUCAACGUCCCUUAUGCUGCCAGCAUCCACACUCACUCUGAUGUGAACGAGUUCAGCAAGGAUGAUCACUCUGUCAAGAUCAAGGACACUGAUGUCUACCCACCUAACGUCCACCCCGGCCCUGCUCUCGGCCCUGGCGCUGGUCCUUUCCCUAUCAAGCGCAGCUGGCCUUCCGGUGGCACUGCUGAGGGUGGUCCUUCUGGCAACGAUGAGGGCCAGACCUUCAACAUGCCCAUCACUGGCAACUUCAACACUGAGGUCAAUGAGUCUUCCGAAGAUGACCACUCUGUCGACAUCAAGAACAAGAACAUUCACCCUGCCCCCGUUGUUGCUCCUGUCUAUACCCACCCCCGUCCUCAUUUCGAGGGUCCUCCUGCUCAUGUUGAGGAGCACCCUGCUGAUGACAACAACAACGACAACUUCAAUGGUGAUCACUUCAACGUCGCCCAGAAUGAUCUUCACUCCGACUGGGUGAAGCGCGGCGGUCCUCCCCACUUCGGUGGUCCCCCUCCUUUCUACCAAGCCAAUGGCAACAACAACGACAACUUCAACGGGGACCACUUCGGUGUUGUUGAGAACGACCACCAUGUUGAUUGGGUGAAGCGCUCCGCUCCUGGCGGAACUGCUCUGGGCGGACCUGGAGGUGGUGGCCACGGCCCUGCUGGUUACCCUGAACACGCUUCUGGAGGCACUGCCCUUGGUGGCCCCUCUGGUGAUGAUGAAGGCAUCAGCUGGGGUCGUCCCAUCACCGCUGAUAUCCACAGCCAUGUGAACGAAUACCACAAGGACGACCACUCCGUCGAUAUCAAGCACAAAGAUAUUCACCCCGAGCCUGUCUACGCCUUCGGAGCUCCAUACAAGCGCCACUGGGGACCUCACAACGGUGGCACCGCCCUGGGUGGCCCUUCCGGAGAUGAUGAGGGUCAGACCUUCAACAUGCCAAUCACCGUGAACACCCACACUGGCAUCAACGAGUACGCAAAGGAUGACCACUCGGUGAAGAUUAAGGACACCCACGUCCACCCAGCUCCUGUCUAUGGUGGCCCUGGUCCGUAUGUCCCCCACGGUGGUUACUUCCGCCGUGCCUACUCUCCUGACCGCGUUUCUGGCGGCGGCGGUGGUGGCACUGCUGAGGGUGGUCCCUCUGGUACCGAUGGUGGUGAGAACUUCGGAUCUCCCAUCGAUGUUGGUGUUGACACUGGUGUCAAUGAGCACAGUGAGGACAACCAUGCCGUCAAGAUCGACAGCACCACUGAGCACCCUCACUACGAGCAGCCCGAGCUUCCCUGGAUGACCUACCCCGAGGCCACCACCUAUGAGGUUCCUUCUUCUCCUCCUGCCCACGAGAUCGAGCAAGCUCCCCCGAUUGAGGAGACCCACGAAGUUCCCCAGGCUCCUCCCCAAGUCGAGCACCAUGAGGAGGUUCCCCAGUGCGCAGCUGAGACCCACGAGGUCGUCCGCACCGUGACCAAGACACAUUUCAAGGAGGUUCACCCCACUGCGACCACCACUGUCUAUGAGAAGGCUCGUACCUCCGUCGUCACCCAGGCCGCCCAGACCUCUGUUGUCACCCUGGCCGCCCAGACCUCUGCUGUCACCCAGGCCGCUCAGACAUCUGCUGUGCCCCAGGCUGCCACCCCCAUGAACGACCCUGAGUCCAAGAUCUACUCCAGUGCUGUCUUGGGCAGCCAGGCCGCUCCCUCCUCGUCCAACAUCCCAUACCAGAGUUACAACUACAACUCCCAGCGCCCCAUGAGCACUGGUGCCUACUCCAUGAUUCCCGUCAACGUGCCCGCGCCUUCCUCCACCGCUAUGUUGAAGUCCAUGGCUACACCCUCCGCCAGCCAAGCCAUGCCCAGCGGUGCCGACGCUAUGAACAGUGCCAGCCCCUCUGCCACGCCCUCCCACGGCAUGAUGUUCCAAGGCGCUGCUACCCGUGCUUCCAGCGGCAUCUUCUCUGCUAUCGCUGCCGUCGCCGGUGUCCUGGCCUUCGUCUUGUAA